AUGCAACAUUUAGAUUUUACUACAGUUUUACCGAAGAUUCUCUCUGUCUAUAUAUUUUCCUUUCUGGAUCCUAAAAGCUUGAGCAGAGCAUCACAAGUUUGUUGGCAUUGGAAAUUUCUAUCUGAACAGGAUGAUAUAUGGAGAGAGAAAUGUAUGAAAUAUGGUUGGUAUAUUCCUUAUACACCAGCAGAUAAUGAAUAUGGUGCUUGGAAGAUGCAUUAUAUAGCUUGUGUUCAAACAUUAGAUUAUGUUACUGGUAAAGGGGUAAGAUAUUUUAAAUUAUUUGUAAUUGAUAGAUGA